UUGAUUUCUUAAGCAAAUGGAUUCUGCCUUUUCUGCUUUCCGCAUUCCGCGACAAAAAAUGUUCCCAAAUUUCAUGGCAUACUAUUGUACUACUUAUGGCAACAAUGGCCAUCGGCCAGACGAACUAAUUCAACUAAAUGAGAUUUUUAUCAAAGUUUAAUGCAUAUUUGUAGACAUGAGGAAGCUCUAUUUAUACAUAUAACUCCUCUAAGAAUUUGUGCAUAUUUUGAAUUGUUCUGCAGGAGAAGUUGUGAAAUGGAUUGGCUACUGGUACUUUGUUCUUUAGUUCACUUAUUUGUGUGUCCUUUUACUAAAGUUGAAGAAAGUUUCAACCUCCAAGCCAUACAUGAUAUACUUUACCACCAAACAGACAUCCAAGAGUAUGACCAUCUCGAAUUUCCUGGGGUAGUCCCACGUACCUUUCUUGGUCCUUUAGUGGUAUCAGUGAUAGCUGCUCCUUUUGUGGCUGUGUCUCGUGUCUUGGAAUUUCCUAAAGAUGUAUCUUUAUAUUUAGUGAGGUUUGCCUUGGGUGCUUUAGUCUUGUGGCCACUCUUAAAGUUGCAAAAGAGGAUUAAGGGUACACUUGGCAAGGGUACAUCAGACUGGUUUGUUCUCGUCACAGUUUCCCAGUUCCACUUUCUUUUCUACCUCAGUCGGCCUUUGCCAAACACUAUGGCUCUUCCUUUAGUGCUUUUUGCAUAUUAUUACUGGCUCGGUCAGCAGCAUGGAAAAUUCAUCGCUUGUUCUGCGGCUGCAAUACUGAUAUUUCGCGGCGAAUUGGCAAUUCUUCUCGGCUUGAUACUGCUUGGGGAAUUGUUGACCAGACGCCUUUCGUUAUCCAAAACUGUGUUUAUUGCCGUGCCAUUCGGACUCCUCUUUCUAUUUCUGACGGUGUUCGUGGACUCCUUCUUCUGGCAACGGCUCCUUUGGCCUGAAGGCGAAGUCCUUUGGUACAACGUGGUUUUGAAUAAGAGUGGCGACUGGGGUACUUCACCAUUUUUAUGGUACUUUUACUCUGCCAUCCCACGAGCAAUGGGAACAUCUUUAGCUCUAUUACCCGUGGGCAUGUUUUUCGAAAGAAGAGUUUGGCCUCUGGUACUACCAGCGCUUUUCUUUGUGCUGGCCUAUUCCUUCCUUCCCCACAAGGAAUUACGAUUCAUCAUUUACGUCAUACCGCUACUGAAUAUAGCUGCUGCCGCUGCCUGCAGUCGAUUGUGGGAAAACCGAACAAAAGGCAAAUGGUUCGCAUUACUGGCUCUGGUAGCUAUUGGGCACUUGGUAGCCAAUUUGGUGUUGACUAGUUUCCUGCUCGUGGUCUCGCGUGCAAAUUACCCUGGUGGGGAAGCCCUCUUCCUUCUUCACAAAAUGGAAGGCCGCGAGGCAAACGUGACAGUUCAUAUUGAUGUUCUCGCUGCUCAAACGGGCAUCUCCCGCUUUGGACAUCUCCACAACAACUGGAUGUAUGACAAAACGGAGAAUCUCAAACCAGGAAGUCCGGAACUACGAAUGUUUUCACAUCUGAUUGUUGAAGCGAAAAGUAAACAUGGCUACAAUCUACGACCGUAUGCGGAAACGCAUGAAAUAGUAGCUCAUAUCGAAGGUUUCUCGCAUAUCCGCUCUAGCUACAAUCAUUUUCCGCCAAUUAGAAUCAAAACCAAGCCGUGUCUAUUCAUUCUGAAAAACAAGUAUUUGCCAAAGGAACCAGAUUUCUCCUUCACUCUGAGAAAACACCCAGUCGAAUCUGCGGAAGUGUUGCUACCUUCAGCAACCGAAUUUGAAAAUAGGAACCAUCUUGAUGGUGAAGGGCCAGAUGCUUUUAACUCAGCUGGUAAGGCUACUAUAAAUGAAGCGACAGGCCCAACGUUCAUUUCACAAGAUCACCAGCUUCUGUUUAAAGGUGAAUUACAAACCAAACUCACCAUGAAGCUCGUAGCUUUAUUCACGGUUUGUAUCGUCACCAUUCUGCAGGUGGAGGCCAAUGCUGUUGAAAGGGCAACUGUAACUGAUGCUGAGCUAAAGGCUCUUUCUCAGCAGCUUCACAUCGAUGAUGUCAAUGCUGUGCAAGGUAUCGUUCUUAAUAUGCAAUCGACCACCACAUCCGGUAGCACGACAGACAGGGCUCCAAUGCCGUUGUUUUCAAGUGUUCCAGCCGACGCCUUUUCCGGGCCAACAAUCAGCGCUCUGUUGGCCCUUUUCGACAAUUACGACGAGAAUUGUAAAGUGACGGAAGUCGUAACAGCUGGAGAAACAGCCGAAGAUAACGCUUUCCUUGAUGCAAUUUUGGACACGAGCGUCAUGCAACAAGCCCAUCAGUUCCUGGUAUCUAAAGGGUUGGCUAAUGCUGAUAUUGCCGUCUUCAAGGAGUACCUGCGUCAAAUUUGGCUCGGCCAAUACAAUCGCGGUGGUGGAAUCCAAGGAUCCUCUGGACUGGAACACAUUUUCCUAGGCGAGAAGGAUGGAAACAGCAUUUCUGGCUACCAUGGCUGGAUCAAAUUUUAUCGUGACGAGCAAGCUGGAAGAAUGAACUAUUUGGGCUACAUGAAAAAAAUUGAUUUAGGAGUGAGCUCCGUCAUUGAAAUGCCAAUGAACUGGGAUGGCCUUUACAAGUCGAUUAGUUCCAUUUCUGUGUCUGGCAGUCCUGAAAUUGAAUUGGCAGUGGCUACGGUUUGUUUCCUGGCCAGGCCCAAUGCCAAGUGCCCCCUCCUGGGCGCGGAUGGCACGCCGUACGCUUACCAGACGUACACGCUGCAAUACAACGGCAAGACUUACGUUGGCAGCGCCUAUCCAACCUACUAGUCCCUUGUGUGCAACAUUAUUUCAUUUUUGCAACAACAUUUUGAAAUGACGAUUAACUGUACUGGCAUUAAAUAAACCGCUUGAUGGUUCAUCAAGUACGCAUGAAA